GCCACUAGGGCAUCCAUCCAAUAUGGCGGCUUCCGUGUCGCUUGUUGUGUUGUACCCGAAUGGUCGUCAACAAACCAUUAAAGCGGCCAAAAACACCAGCAUUUGGCAAGUUCUGGAAGAUGCCUGUAAGAAACAACAGUUGAAUCCUGCAGACUAUGAAUUAUAUCACCACAACAACAAGUUGAACCCAACCCUGUUGGUGUCACUCACAAACCUCCCCAACAAUGCCCAACUGGAACUGCGUGAGGGUCAAUGCCAAGGGUUGGACCAAGGGACUACAACCAUCUGCUUGCAACUGGAGUCAGGAGAACGGCUGACGGAGGAAUUUGUGCCAUCGAUUACACUCUGGGAUAUCCUCUCUUACUGGGAAAAGAAAGUGGGCCUUGCCAGACUGCGAGGACCUGUGGCAGGAGACCCUGUGUGUGUGUACAUGCGUCUUGAGAUUGUAGGCAAGAAAAACCUCCAGGAUACAACACUGAGGAAACUUGGCCUUAUUGGGGGAAAGGCAGUAGUCAGGCUUCUAUUUCGGCCAAGUCAAAUGAUGGGAGAACAGGCGCAUGUCAGUCGGACUUACACAGUGCCAUUCAAAGACCAUGAUGCUGUGCACAAUGUGGUGCCUACUGGACCAUCAACGAAAGACAUUUCUCCAGGGACAUCAACUGCUGUCCCUUCCAUCCAAAGAUCCAAAGAUCCUCUCGUAGUGGAACCAUCAAACAAAACCAUUUGUCAAGGGACAUCAGUUGAGGAGGUCAUUAAAAAGGAAGAUGUAUCAACAAGUGACCGAGAGAACCAGUUAAUAAUUCACGAAGAAGACAUCAAAUAUAUUGGAGAGAGAAAGGGCAUCCUUUUUGACCUGGAACAUUCCCUGCCUUAUACCAUGGAAGAGCCAGGGGAAGAAUUUUUCCAGUUGACCAUAGAAGAUGCCAAGUACCUGGCUGCAGACUAUCGCAGGCAGAGGAUGUUGCUGGAGGAACGACCACUGGAGACAGAUCAUCUGCGCCAUAUACGGGAGGUACAAAAAGCAAGAACAUACAGCAGUGCCUUGCUUCGAAUCUACUUCCCAAAUAGACUGGUCCUGCAGGGAACUUUCCUGCCCCAAGAAAGAGUGGCUGACGUCAUGGAUUUUGUGCGUGGUUUUCUCCAGCAUCCUAACCAGGACUUUUACCUCUACACGUCACCACCUAAGACAGUCUUGGAACCAGGCUGUACCAUAGUAAAUGCUCAGCUGGUACCGGCAGCAGUUGUCCAUUUUGGCAGCAAUCAUCCACUGCCUGAGGAACUGCUCAGAAAGGAGGUCAUGUCCAGGAUUUCCACACCUGGUGGAGCAUCUGUGGCUGCCGUCAGACUCUGGUCCAAGAGGAGCGUUCUAGAUGCGGACCCACAAGAAGUGGUACAAGCCCCUCCCAAGAUUUUGCCCAAAGUUUCUCCUGGGAAAACACCUAAAUGGUUCUCUAUGGGUAAAAAGACAAAAUGAAUUUGAAAUGACACAAUGCCAAAAAUUGUGUAAUUAAACAAACUUCAUUUGCUACGUGUGUGUAUUGCCUUCUAGAAGUAAAAAUAAAUAGACAGGACGGA